UUCAAUUAUUUCAUUAAAAUGAAUUAAUUAUUAUUGAAAAGAAAGCAUAUUUUUCAUUCUUUCAACAUUAUGAAAGUUUUAAAAUUUAUAGUUUUAAUUUUGAUUUGAAAAAAGUAUGGGAGCAGCAUUAAAGUGUCUCAAAAAAAGAGGAGGAGGAGGAGAUAAAAAAGUUGGAAAAGGUAAUAAAGAAUUUAUGAAAGGCUGGGAAAAGUCAUCUAACGGCGUUGUUCCUGCAAACGCAUUUGUUGGAGGCCGAGAUGGAAACGAUGAAAAUAUAUACGUAGUUCGGGCAGAGUAUGAUGGUCAAACUGUUGUUGGUACUCUGAGAACAAAUGAAAAACAAGCAAAUAUCGCAGUUGGGGAUGAAAUAUUAAAAAAGAAAGAUUACGAUGUUUUGUGCGUUGAAGGCAGAUGGAUGGUAAUAGAGUUAGCUGAAGAUUCCAUACCGUCAGAUGCAAUUAAAGGAGGAAGAGACGAAAAAAAUAAGCCAACGUAUAUCGGACGUAUUAAAAAGAAAUAUGAUCAUUACAUAGGAAAUAUAGAUCCUACAACAAAGACCAUAACCAUUCCUAUGGGUAGUAAAGCAAAAGAAUAUAGAAACGGUGAAAUAUUAGUGAAAGCAGCUAAGGGAAAAUGAAUUAUA